UUUGCCCUCGGUACAAAAUUUGUCUCCUUAACACAACAACACCGCCAUUAACAAAUUCUUCCACCACAAAACAAACAACACACACUUGGGAGAGUAGAGUAGUUAGGAUUUUGUUUCAGAGUAUCAACUAUUAGCCAUUAAUUAAUUAAGAUGGCAAUUUUCCAAGGAAUUCUGUUGGUCAUAGUCCUAUUAUUAGUACCAAUGGCAGCAGCCACAGUAGUAGGACUCGGAGGAGCAGAGGAACAACAUGAUGAGUGCAUCAUGCCAAGAAGAUGCAGAAAACAUCACGGCCCUGAAAUUCGAUUCCCUUUCCGCCUAAAAGGGAAACUGCCCGACUACUGUGGUGGGUAUCAUCCGAGCUUUGAUCUUUCUUGCACUCCUCCCAGCAAAUACCCUAUGCUCCAGCUCCCAAAUUUUGUGAAUGUGUUUGUCAAGAAAAUCAACUACGAAUCUCAGACCAUGACCAUAUAUAUAUCAGACCCCCAUGAAUGCUUCCCACGACAGCUUCCAAACCUCAACCCAUCUGUCUCUCCCUUCCAAUUCCUAUCAAAUCACGGCUUCUACAGCGACUAUAGCUUCAUCAAUUGUUCCCAGACACUGGAUCGAUUUCAGUUUGGUGGGUCUCGGAUUGAUUGCCUUAGUGACCAGAGUCACCAAGUUUAUGCCACCGACUCUGGGUCAGUCCCGGAUUUAUCUUGCACAAAGAUGUAUAACAUGACACUUCCAUAUGGAUUUUUUGGUUAUGCCUCCAUCACAUUUGAUGAUCUUCAAUUGAAUUGGAGCAAACCGGAAUGUGGGAACUGUGAAGCACAAGGCAAGUACUGUAGAUUCAAGAAUAACAACAGCAGUGGCAACAACAGUAAAUUAUUAUUAAAUGGAACAACUGAAUGCUUAGACAAGCCCAAACAACCAUCUAUGGGUGUAUUGAGGAAACUAGAGAUUGCAGGUGAAUUGAUACUUCCUCUUUUUAAUUUGAAUUGUCAAUGAGGAGGUAGAAAUUUACUAACAUUGUCAAUGAUGUUCACAUUGCAG